AAAUAAUUUUGCCAUUUCAGACACCCAACUCAGACCUUUGUCAUCAUCCAACGGCACGAUGCUGACACACAAUGAAUAAAUGAAUAAGAAUGUCAACCCCUCCUCUUCCUCCUACAUGUACAACACUACUCUCUGAGGCCCACACUGCUGCCCGUCAGCAAGCCAAGCAAUGGAUCCGAUCCGUCUUUCAAGAAGUCCAUGGUGCCCUGUGGCGUGAUCAAUGGAAGGUAGAGGACAUUAGUUGUGACAACAACAAUGAUGAUUCUAAGACAACACGAAUCCACAUUACCGAGGACAUGAUGGUGGCGUCGCAACGCAUCUGUCGUCGUGUGGCGCUACAAUGGUGUCAACGAGUGGAAGCACAAGGACAUUUCGAGUUUGCCAAGUGGAUUCGAGAUGUCUUGGAAAAAGAACAAGACACGUUCUUUGUUGCUGACAAUGACAAUGAUGAGGAUGAUGAGCAGAACGUGGAAGAACAAGAAACACAGACAGUAAUGGAUCAAGAGGAGGAAUCUACUUUGAAAGAAGCACCACCAUCACCAUCAGUAGCUGAACAGCAGCAGGACGAACAACAAGAAGGCGAAACAAAUGUUCCAGUGCAACCUCAACACGAUCCAUCCUUUCCCCUCUUUCUCAACCCACUGGGAGCCCUCAAUAAGCUGCAAUUGCCACAACUAGGAGACGAACAACAAGUCAUUGAUGAGAUUGAUGCCAUGGGAAUCGCCGACAAGACCUAUUGGCCAUUUGACUGGGAUAUGAUUCAAGAGUCUGCUCAAAACAUACCAACACUCAUGUACAAACACAAUCCCAACAACAAACUCAACUUGAAACUGGUGCCCAAAAAUACUACUACUGACACAAGUACUAAUACAGCAGACACUACUACUACUGAUACCAAUGAAAACGAACCCGACAAUCCCACCAUGCCACCACCUCAACCAGGAGCCACUGCCGUAUCUUCCACAGAACAAACCAUCAUUGCACAACAACGCAAGGGAUACCACUUUGUGGCAUUUCAACGAAAGCGCGCUGCGGCGCAAGCCAAGGCAUCCGAUGCCCAUAACAGCAACAAACGACCCAAACUCACUACUCUGUUGCCGGAUGAUGAACCCCGUCUACCCACGUUAUUCGAACAAGUCGAUAUUCCAUGGAAUGAACAAGUUGCGCAACAGAUGAAGGAUACGUAUCCGGAAUUGGACCAUCUCGUGCACUCGCCUACAACAGACGACAACGCUGCGACGCUCCUGUUGGGAGCCCUCAAACCCCUAGGGCAUGUGCACAAUGCCAUUCAAGUCAACGUCGAGAGUCCCGAUUGGGAACAUUUUUCCGAACGCAAACAACGACGCAAAUUCAUUGUGGCCGUACGGGAACGACUGGGACAAAAUCAAUUUGAAAAAGUACCCAAACCACACCGGGUACAAUCCAAAAUUCGACGGACCAUUCAGUUAUUGGAGCAGCAGCAUACGGACAAUGACAACAGUAAAACGCGGGAUUGUGUGGAUUUUGACAUGGGAGAAUGCCUGCUGGAUUUGCAGCAACACGACGACGGUGACCGUCGAGCGUUGUACGCCUUUUCCAGUUUGGAAGUGUGCCUGCUCGAUGAAGAUGCAGAGCAUGCACACAACAACCAACGGGGGGAAUGAAUGAGGUGACAAUAUCAAAUGCUGCAAAAGGCUAUACUACCAUAGUAGUGGUAAGAAUGCAGGGUGAAUGGUUUAGCUCGAAAGUUUUCAUAAACCUGUUGCAUGUUGCAGAUGUGAGCGCUUGCUCUACGUGU